GAAGGGGCACAAAAGGGACAUUGUUAUGUCUGCUGCUAAGGAAGAAGAUGUCUGUAAUCAUGUGAAAGUGGUGGUCCGUGUCCGUCCAGAGUCUCAAAAGGAAAAAGAUGGCAACUUUAGCAAGGUUGUUCAUGUUGUUGACCAGCAUAUAUUGGUCUUUGAUCCGAAGGAGGAAGAAGUUAGCUUCUUUCACGGGAAGAGACUGACCCAUAGGGAUAUUAAUAAAAGAAAAAAGAAAGAUCUUAAAUUUGUAUUUGAUGCUGUUUUUGCUGAAAGUUCAUCCCAGUUGGAAGUUUUUGAGCAUACUACCAAAUGUCUAAUUGAUGGCUUCUUAAAUGGCUAUAACUGCACAGUGCUUGCGUAUGGUGCAACGGGAGCUGGAAAGACUCAUACAAUGUUAGGUUCCCCUGAAGAUCCUGGAGUGAUGUAUUUAACCAUGAUGGCACUUUAUAAUUGCAUGGAUCAAAUAAAAGAAGAUAAAAUAUGCAAUGUUGCUGUCUCUUAUUUAGAGGUCUACAAUGAACAGAUCCGUGAUCUGCUGGUAAACUCAGGACCUCUGGCUGUUCGUGAAGAUACCCAGAAAGGGGUGGUAGUUCAAGGUCUAACAUUACAUCAGCCUAAAUCGGCAGAGGAAAUCCUUCAAAUGUUGGAUUAUGGAAAUAAAAAUAGAACACAGCAUCCCACAGAUGUGAAUGCCUCCUCUUCUCGGUCCCAUGCUGUCUUUCAGAUUUAUCUAAGGCAGCAAGAUAAAACAGCUAGUAUUAACCAAAAUGUUCGCAUCGCCAAAAUGUCUCUCAUUGACCUGGCAGGAUCUGAACGUGCCAGCGCGACAAAUGCCAAGGGGGCUCGUUUUAGAGAAGGAACAAAUAUUAACCGCUCUCUGCUAGCUCUUGGAAAUGUCAUUAAUGCCUUGGCAGAUCCAAAGAGCAAGAAACAGCAUAUUCCUUAUCGAAACAGCAAGCUUACUCGUUUAUUGAAAGAUUCUCUUGGGGGAAAUUGCCGAACAAUAAUGAUAGCUGCUGUUAGUCCAUCUUCUAUGUUCUAUGAUGAUACAUAUAAUACUCUUAAGUAUGCAAACCGAGCAAAGGAUAUCAAGUCUUCUUUGAAGAGCAAUGUGGUUAGUUUGGACAGUCACAUAAGCCAGUAUGUUAAAAUUUGCAAUGAACAAAAGAAAGAGAUCCUAAUGUUGAAAGAGAAACUGAGAGAAUAUGAAGAAAAGCAAGCGAGCAUUCCUGAAAAUCGUAAUGCUGCAGUACUUUCAAACAACCAGCAAGUGGAAAUACAAAGAUACAAAGAAAUCCUUAAAAAUGUGUUCGCAAACCGUGAGGAAAUCAGAAAAGAAUACCUCAAGUUGGAAAUGCGACUGAAAGAAAACGCGCUGAAGACAUAUUACCAGAAACAAUGUCAUGAACAAAUUCAACUGAUGUGCUCUGAAGAAAGAGUAGAAAAGGCCACUUGCAAGCGGAAUCAAAGGCUUGCAAUGCUUAGAACCCACCGUGUACACAUGCAGAAGAAGAAAGAAGAGGAGGUUGAACGUUUUGAGGAAAAUACCAAUUGGCUGCAUCGUGUUGAAAAUGAAAUGCGCCUCCUGGGUCAAGAUGGGUGUAUUCCAAAGGAACUCUGUAAAGAUCUGCAGUGUUGCCAUUUAAACCUAGAAGUUAAGGACCUGAAAGCCCAGAUUGAGCACAUGUUAUCUCUGGUGUCCCUUCAAGAUCAGCAUUAUAAACAGACAGAAAAAGUACUAAAUAGCUUGCUUCCAGUUCUUCGCAAGCAAUACCUGACUUUGAAAGAAGCUGGGUUGACAAAUAAUUUAACUGAGACCGAAUUUGGGGAGUUUGAACAGCUGAUUCAAAGACAAAAAUCAGUAGUUUGGGCUGACCAGACUGAAGAAAAGGAACAAAAUCAAAACCAUGAACUAGAGUUGUCAGCUAUCUUUGCAUUCCCACAACUUGUGAGCAGACCAAACACCCCAUGCCGUACAACUUUUGGUACACCAUCACAAGAAAUUAAUAAAAAUGCACAAGGAAUAGUAGAAUAUGCAGUACCACCACAGAAAAGAGCUAGGCGGAAGCUAAUGGACUCUCCAAUAACAGCUCAAAGUCCUGCUGCAUCCAAGGACUACAGUCUCCAUCAUCUGGAGGAUUCUCUUACCAAGGAGGUCCACCCUAUUGUGUACACGCCAGAAUUUUGCAGAAAGCCAGUACAAAGUGGCUGUACACAGACUGUGGUAAAGAAAGCUUUACACCUUGCAGGCCUUCAGGAAGCCAAUGCAUGUAAUAUAGAUAUGCCAGUGAAAAAGGCGAGUAUUAUGGACUCUACAUGUGACAUAAUCCCAGAGUGCGAUGAAGCUGACAUGGACUCAACAAUAAUUCUCUAUGAAGGGACAAGUGAAACAACUGAAACAUCUACUGACUCAUCUGUGAAGGAGUCACAGCUGUGCAGCAAUAGCAUUCUGCAAAGGCUUGGUCUGUCUUCCUUAAAAACCAAAAAACCUACUUCAAUACUUGAGAAGCCCUCAUAUAUGGCAAUGACUUCUGCUGCUGAGAGAAAAAGAAAGGUAUUAAGUUGUACAUCAAACACUGGGUUAGGCAGCCUGCAAGACCCUGUUUCUGCAAAACGCAUUCGACAGGAGGUCUUCUUAAGCCGUAGAGCUUUGCGAGUACCCAAAAUGGCAGGAAUUAAAACAAGGAGCUGGAAGCAAGAACAGGAUGUGCCAAGAAACCUAGUUAGAAGCCUUUCUGAAGGAAACGUAGCAUUGGAUGUUAAAUCAAGGACAUCAAAAAAACUUUUACUUCAUGUUUGUAAGAAAAAAAAAUAGGAUUUAGUUCUGAGUUCUUCCAUAUUUCAAGCAGGAUUGAUGGAUAGCAAAUGAGAAUAGGGUGACUUUCGUUUUCCUCUUGUGAGUUGUUUUGUGUUAAAGAUGUCUCUCAGUAAUGCACUAUUUCAGAAAGAGCCACUUUUUGGAAAUACGAGGAUUUUGUUAAAUUCUAAAAUAAAAUAAGUUCUUUUUUGUCUCCUGUUAAAGCUUACAAAUGUCUUCUGUGUAUUAACAAAUGCAUAAGAAAUUUUAUUUGGACUUGGGAAUAGAGAAGUGCACAGUAUACCUUUUGCCAUGAUCUUUGUGAGCAUGUCCCUGUGUUUAUGACUAGCAGAUCAAUACUUCAGACAAUGCAAGUCUUUUAAGGGGAUCAGUGGUGCUGUAAUUUUUAGAUGCUACUUUGAAUUGCUUACCUACAGUCAGUCUUAAUUUUCUAAUGAGAUUUUUGUGAUACAAAAGUUAGAAGAAUUGUUUUGACCUGCUAAAUUAUUUUCACUGAAACUUCCUAGUGUUAAAAUUGUUUUUCAUUUGGAAGCAAGUCAAACAGAUGUUAAUAUUAAGAUGCGUUCAUGCUUAGCAUUAAGAUGCCAGUUUAUUCUUAGAUAUGUUAUCAUGGAUAGAUACUACCAAUGUGCUACCAGGAGACAGAAAAAUAUUUACGGAAAGUGUUUUUAAUGAAGUAUUACAUCUAAAUUUUUUUAGCCUUUCUAUUUUUAGUCUGUUACUUGGUUGUAAAUGUUUCUGUUUUGUCUUUCAGUUUUUUAGUUCAGUUGUAAAUAGGAUAAUUAUGUUAAUUACUUUGAAUAAAUUUUUAGUUUUUAUAA